GUCAUAAUACGGUUGGGUGUUUAUCAUGAGAAGCAUUUAGUUAUUUUUUACCUGGCAGUGGUCUCGUUUAUUUUAUGUUGCUAUUCUGUUGUUGCUAAUUUAAUUUAACAAUAAGCAGAAUUUGCGUUGUUGACGUGCAGCUGCCGCACACGAUGAUUCCCAGAAACGCGCUUCGUUCCUUGACAUUUAAAAACAGCUGGAGUUUUUCUAGCGCUUCAAACGGGUUGCGGAAAUCAUGGACACAAAAUCCAGGUUUAACUGCUGCAAGUCGAGGUGUCCACGUGGACCAUCCACCCAUCGUCCCCACUCUCACCACCAGUUAUGUCCACGGCACCUCGUCCACGUCCUUGCUCCACGCCACAGUGGGCGAGAGCCUGCUGAGCACCGUGGAGCGCUGGCCCGACAGAGAGGCCUUGGCUUUUGUAGACAGCGGAGUCCGCAAGACGUUUGCACAGUUUCAGCAGGAUGUGGACCAGGCUGCAGCAGGCCUGCUGGCGCUCGGACUGAGGAAAGGAGACCGGCUCGGCAUGUGGGGACCCAACACGUAUGAAUGGGUCCUGUUCCAGUUAGCAACAGCCAAAGCUGGGAUUAUUUUGGUGUCUGUGAAUCCAGCCUACCAGCUGAAGGAGGUGGAGUUUGCCUUGCGAAAGGUUGGCUGUAAAGCUAUAGUGUGCCCCACACAGUUUAAAACCCAGAAGUACUGUGACAUGCUGAGACAAAUCUGCCCAGAGGUUGAAUCAUGCAGCCCAGGAGACCUGAGGAGUACUCCCGAGCUCCGCACUGUGAUCGUCCUGGACAGUCGACAAGCAGGAAUGUUCCACGUUGAGGACGUGAUGCAGGCGGGCAGCAGCCAGCACAGGCAGCAGCUGCAGGACCUGCAGAAGAAGCUGUCGUUCGACGACCCCAUUAACAUCCAGUUCACUUCGGGAACCACUGGGACUCAAGGAGCCACCUUGUCUCAUCACAACAUUGUCAACAACUCCUACUUGGUUGGUAAAAGAUUGGGAUACGACUGGAGGCCCAACACCCGCAUCUGUCUGCCUGUGCCCUUGUACCACUGCUUUGGUUCUGUGGGUGGCGUCAUGUGUAUGGCCGUGUACGGCGUCUCCCUGGUGUUUCCCUCUGCGGGCUAUGAUGCCAAGGCCAACGUCAAAGCUCUGGAGAGCAAAAGAUGCACCUUUGUUUACGGCACCCCCACCAUGUUUGUCGACAUGGUGAACCACCCUGAUUUGGCUAAACGUGACAAGUUGUCAUUGGAGGGAGGCAUCAUGGCUGGUUCCCCUUGUCCUCCAGAGCUCGUGAAGAAGGUCAUUUCCACAAUGGGUGUUAAAGGAAUAACGGUGUUGUAUGGAAGCACAGAGAACAGCCCUGUCACCUUCUGCAACUCCCCCUCAGACAACCUGGAUCGGAGGUUGGAGACUGUGGGCUACAUCAUGGAUCACUUGGAGGCAAAAGUAGUGAACCCUAGCACUGGAGAACUCGUACCCCUGGGAAUGACGGGGGAGCUGAUGGUCAGAGGACACUGUGUGAUGCUGGAGUACUGGGACGACGAAGCCAAAACAAGGGAGUGUAUCACAAGUCAGGGCUGGUACAAAACAGGAGACCUCGGCAGCUUGGACGCGUACGGCUGCUGUCGAAUCGACGGCAGGAUCAAAGACAUGAUCAUCAGAGGAGGAGAGAACAUUUACCCGGCUGAGAUCGAACAGUUCCUGCACACGCACCCCAAAGUGAAGGAGGCUCAGGUAAUUGGAGUUCAGGACGAUCGUAUGGGUGAGGAGGUGUGUGCCUGUAUCAAACUGGUGGACGGGCAGGACUGCACUGCAAAGGAAAUCAGAGCUUACUGCGAGGGACAGAUCUCUCACUUCAAGAUUCCGCGCUACAUCCAUUUUGUCACCAGCUACCCGCUCACUGUUACUGGAAAGAUCCAGAAACACAAACUACGGGAGGAAACCGAGAAGCAGCUGGGACUGAAGAGGGAACAAUGACAAACCAAUCAGGGCUGCGCACACACAAACCUAAUACCUUCAGCCAGUAAAUUAAAGACUACGUGUUCGGGACACUUGGUUCUGCUCAGUAAUGAUAGAUUAUUUUAACAGUUAACACAAGAUGAAGGUCAAAUAUCCUAUUGUGCAAUAUGUUUUCAUUACCUCAUCUGACAUGUUUGUUGCUUAAUAUUUACACCCAUUGCUUUUAGUGCCUGUAAGUGUGAGAUCACAAUUCUCUGCUUCAAAACCGUAGAUUGUUCUCUUCAGGAUGAGAAUCAGACCUUGCUCAGGUGAAGGAUUUUUUUGCAUCAAUGGCCAAGUACUGACUAGUAAACAACUAUUAUGUAAACAUUCAUACCACACAAAACACCUUUUUACAUGAACUCGAAAUAAACUUUGUACCACAUUACUAAAAUCAGGCCAAAAUGUUUUAUCUUUAAAUGAAAACUAAAACUAUUUUGUCUUUUUUGCAGCUGCACAUAUUUAGGAAUUUUAAUCUAUACACUAAGAAUAGGCCUGUAUCAAAACAAUUAACAGAAAGAUCUAAGGGUGGAAACAGUUCUUAUUUGCAUUUCACUCUAUAAUUUACAUUUACAGGAAUAAAGAUGCAAAAGAAAAA